AUGCGCCCUACGUCGUCUUUGUUACGCGCUUUUGCUCGUGCAGGUACGCCUCGAGCUGUAAGAACUUUCCCAGCAGAGCCCAUUCCAGCACCCUCAAAGCGCCUCUUCCACACUCCGCAAACGUCAGCUGGGUGUCGACCUUUGCCCAUUCUUUCAAGAGUACGAUUGCCUCCUGCAGCCCGCUUCGAAUCUUCCUCAGCUGCCCCAUCACCAGCCGGCGCAUCCACAAAAGCACCAGAGUCACGUCUCGAGCGCGACCAAGUUCCCUCGUACGAGUUGACAUUCACUUGCAAUGUCUGCACAACACGGUCGUCGCAUCGUCUGUCCAAGCAGGGAUAUCACCACGGGACUGUGUUGAUUUCAUGUCCGGACUGCAAGAACAAGCAUCUGAUUAGCGACCAUCUCAAGAUAUUCUCCGACAAGUCAGUGACCAUAGAAGACCUCAUGCGGGAAAAGGGCGACCUCGUCAAGAAGGGUUCCCUUAGUGCAGAGGGCGAUGUCGAGUUUUGGGACGAUGGGAGCCAGACCCCUCGAUCUGCGCAGUUUCACCCAGAUUCCAAACCCAAGGGCGACAAUCGCUUCGUCGCGCAGCCCUCCUCGCAGACACCUUCAAAAGAUCCUACCGAGUGA